UCCGAAUUGUGCACUUCGUCUGUCACAUCGAUCUUUCGAAGAUCGCACUAUGUCCAAUAAGUACAACGUUAACGAAGAAUAUAACAUGGAGAAUCGUAGAGAGGUCACGUUAACCGGUUUCAGCAGUAACGCGAUCGAUGAUGUUCUUCGUAGCAACAACAACGAGCCCAAUACGUUAAAUGGCAAUCCAAGCAGUGCUCAUGCCAUCACCAAAGACGCGAAGAUUGUUAAUCUCGAAGUACCACAAAAUUCUAACACGAGUGAUCUAUGCACUUCCGGAAAAAGGUGGCUCUAUCGACGAGUUAGAAGCUCUUGCAAGCGGAAGCUGCUAUUCAAGAGAAUACCCAUCUUAACGUGGUUGCCGAAUUAUCGGAAGGAAUAUGUAGUAAGCGAUCUAGUAGCUGGUAUCACCGUAGGCCUCACCGUCAUACCGCAAGCCAUAGCGUAUGCUAACGUCGCGGGAUUACCGUUACAGUAUGGACUCUAUUCGUCUUUCAUGGCCUGUUUUAUAUACACAAUUUUCGGCUCUUGGAAAGACGUGCCUGUCGGGCCAACCGCAAUCGCCGCGAUUCUAACGAGAGAAACUUUACAAAAGGCUCAUUUAGGACCUGAUUUUGCUAUUUUAUUAUGUUUCGUCUCAGGCUGCGUCUCCUUAUUAAUGGGCAUUUUGCAAUUAGGAUUCUUACUGGAUUUUAUAUCGGGGCCAGUAUCUGUUGGUUUCACAUCGGCGGCGUCGAUUAUCAUUGCCACUAGCCAAGUAAAAGAUAUUCUUGGACUCAAAGUUUCCGGUACCAAGUUUGUACAGAUCUGGCAAAGUAUCUUCGAGCAUAUUGGAGAAACAAGGCGUUGGGAUACCACUUUAGGAAUUGUCUGCAUAAUCGUUCUUUUACUUCUCCGAAAAGUAAAGGAUUUGCCGGUGGUCCCAAAAAAUACUAAAGUACCAUCACGGCUUCAACAAGUUAUCACGAAGUCGUUCUGGCUAAUCUCUACUGCUAGAAACAUCAUCAUAGUGAUUCUCUGCGCGGUGAUGUGUUGGCUUCUCGAAAAGCACCUAGGAGAAUCACCCGUUAUUUUAACGGGCCAUGUAAAGCAAGGACUACCGGAAUUCCGGUUGCCACCUUUCGAAGCUCAGGUCGGAAAUGAGACCUAUACUUUCAUCGACAUGAUUUCCGCUCUGGGCACUGGCUGUCUAGUCGUUCCCAUGUUAAGUCUGCUAGAAACCAUCUCUAUCGCCAAAGUAUUUUCCGAGGGUAAGUCUGUAGACGCCACUCAGGAAAUGUUGGCGUUGGGUGCAUGUAACAUGGUAUCAUCGUUUGUAUCAUCAAUGCCUGUGAGCGGCGGCCUCAGCCGAGGCGCGGUCAACCACUCGUCCGGGGUGAAGACGACGCUUGGUGGAGUCUACACUGGACUAUUAGUGCUUAUAUCGUUGCAGUUCCUCACACCUUAUUUGUACUACAUACCCAAGGCUGCCCUGGCGGCCGUCAUAAUUGCCGCGGUCGUCUUUAUGGUGGAGUUUCAAGUGGUAAAGCCAAUGUGGCGAAGCAAAAAAAUUGAUCUCAUACCGGCCAUAACCACGUUCCUAUGUUGUCUUUUCAUACGACUUGAACUGGGCAUUGUAAUUGGCAUCGGUAUAAAUCUUUUGUUCCUACUUUAUGCCUCGGCCAGACCGACGUUACGAGUUCAUAAAGCUACAAGUAUCAGUGGUUGUGAAUAUCUUGUCAUAACUCCAGACCGAAGUCUGGUAUUUCCAAGUGUUGAAUACGUACGAGCUGUUAUUAGUAAGCAAGGAUUACGAGAGGGUACCGCCGUACCCGUUGUAAUAGAUUCUACGCAUAUCCAGGCUGCCGAUUUCACUGCUGCAAGGGGUAUCAAAACUUUGAUAGAGGAUUUUACUAAACGGGGCCAACCAUUAAUUUUUCAUAACUUGAAACCGAGCGUUAUUGAAAUCUUUAAAGGUGUAAAACCUUUAGGGCUCACGUGCAGCUCCAGUGAGCUCGAACUCAAUGAUCAUCUUAAAGAGUAUACAAAUGUUUCAACCGAGACUCUCAAUCGAUAUUAACUAUAUAUUAUAUAUAUAUUUUUUAUACACAC